GAGAGCACACUCUUCGGUCCCUCCAAAACUUCCUCUCACUUUUCUCCAGGAUGAAUCCCGUUGAAGGGACUUCUCUCAGCUAAUCACCUUCUGAGGAGGAUUCAACAAUAGGCUGCAUUUCAUUAACUUUCUUUAAAGUAACGAGAAUCAAUUGGAUACUUUUACUUACUUACUGACUACAGUGUCUGUGCAAUUAAACACCAGGUCGUUUCGGAUUUUUCUUACACUCUCUUGGGAACUUAAGUGUGAGAACCUGGAACUUAAUUUAAUACUAAUUUUUUUUAUCUCUUUGUUAUUAUAUUCGCUCUAAAAUUUCACUGGUUACAAGAUUCAGAUGCAUUAGUGCGAGAAUGACUGGCAACUGGAUACAAUUCCUGGCGUUAGCGCUGUAUCAGUGCGCAGCCAGCCUGCGGCAUCCCCCGGGCGGAGGGCCACUUUGGCCCCGAUGACAGCGCCUCCACUCUGGCCUUCGUCUUCGACGUGACGGGCUCCAUGUAUGAUGAUCUCAAACAAGUGAUAGACGGCGCGUCUCGAAUUCUGGAGAAGACCUUAAGUCGGAGGACAAGACCCAUUAAGAAUUUUGUCCUGGUACCUUUCCACGAUCCAGAAAUUGGCCCAGUGUCCAUAACCACCGACCCAAAGAAGUUCCAGAAGGACCUUCAGGACCUGUUUGUUCAGGGUGGAGGGGACUGUCCUGAGAUGAGUAUAGGGGCCAUCAGGAAGGCCCUGGAGGUGUCUCUGCCUGGCUCCUUCAUCUACGUCUUCACAGAUGCGCGCGCCAAAGACUACCGCCUCAAACGGGACGUGCUGCAGCUCAUACAGCUUCGCCAGUCUCAGGUGGUGUUCGUGCUGACCGGGGACUGUGGGGACCGCACCCAGCCGGGCUACAGGGCCUACGAGGAGAUCGCAGCCACCAGCUCGGGGCAGAUCUUCCACCUGGACAAGCAGCAGGUCAACGAGUCCCUAUGA